AUGAGUACCGUACGCCCCGGCGGAUCGCUCCUCACGAGGUGCAUCCUGCCUUUAUCCCGGACGACGGCACCCACAGCACGUGCUCCGACUCUGGCGGCGGCGACGGCCACAGCGACGGCAACAUGUCAAAAUAACCGACCAUUCCACAGCUCGACGUCCCGAGCGGCUCCUCGCCGACCGCGGUUCAAGAGCAUCAAGGCCGACCAGCUCGGUCUCACGACACCUGAGAAGAUCGACGAGUACGCGAAGCAAAAGUUCCCCGAGUACGACGAGGCGCAGCUAGAGGCUCUGAAGCAGGUAUACGAGUACACUCCGGAGCAGAUGGAAGCCGUCAAGGCGGGCGAGGCGGCGGUAGACGCCAAGGAUAUGACGCUUCAGGGGCGGGUACGGGACGACAAGUACCGGAUACCAUACCUCGAAGAUUUCUCGGUGGUGCAGCCCGUGAUCGACCUCAAGGCGGAGCGGAAGCUAGAGGCGCAGAACUACAAGUGGUUGUCGGAGCAGGAGUUUUUGGAGAAGCUGUUCGAGAAGAUGAUGGACAAGUCGACGGAGAACAUGCACGAGGCUGCGGCGAAGGCGUUUAAGCGGUCGAUGGAGAGGGUGAAGGCUGCGCAGGGAGCCGAGAUUGAUUUGACGGUGCAGGAGUUGCAGGAUAUGGAGACUUGGCCCGAGUUGCAGAAGAAGUUUUUGAUUAAUGAGGAGGAAGGGGGUGAGAAGAUGGUCGAGGAGAAGGAUGCGAAGGCUGCGGCGCCUGAGGGCACUAUCUCCUCCGAGGAGGCGCAGAAGAUCUUGAGCGAGCUUGUCGAUGACUUUACUAGGUCGCUCGAGGCGAAGAAGGACAACACGGUCUCGAGCGAAAUCUUUGACGAAGACGACCGCCUCAACAUCUCCACCUCGGGCAACGCCCCACCCCUCGGCAAGGUCCCCGGCGUAGAGGGCCUCUACAAACACGCCGCCGACCCCGAAGACGAAGGCCUCGAUGACGAAGGAACCUACCAGUUCCUCAAAAAGGUCACGGGCAUGUCCGUCCGCGACAUCCUCUCGCUCUUCACCAAGACGCUCGUCACCCGCUUUGUCACGAACCAGACCCGUCUCGGCAAGGUGCGCAGCGCCUCCGUCAUGGUCAUUGCCGGGAACGGCAACGGUCGUCUGGGCGUCGGCGUCGCCAAGUCAGCGGAUUUCGGUACGGCUGCUAUGGCGGCGCGCAUGCUGGCUAUUCGAAACAUGAAGCCUAUUCGGCGGUAUGAGAACCGGACGAUUUAUGGGACUGUGAGGCAGAAGGUUUCGGGUACUAUUGUCGAGCUCCGGGCCCGUCCUCCUGGCUUCGGUCUCCGCGUCCCCUACCGCCUCUUCGAAAUGUGCCGCGCCGCCGGCAUUCACGACAUCUCGGCCGUCAUCCCGCGCUCGAGGAACCCUAUGAACACUGUCAAGGCGACGUUCCUGGCCCUCACGAACCAGCCCGACCCCGAGGAGAUCGCCAAGGGUAGGGGAAAGAAGUUGGUGGAUGUGAGGAAGGUGUACUAUGGUGGCUCUGUAUACUAG